AUGUGGCAUGAAGAGAUUGUCAAUCCAACAAAGAUCAUUCAAGGUAAUUUUACGGAACCCUCGUCUCUCUUCGUGACAUCAAAUGGUGAUAUUUACAUUGAUGAUGGUGAUAAGAAUGGUCGGGUACAGAAAUGGAUGGUAGAAACAAGUACUUUUAUCACGGUGAUGAAAGUCAACUCAUCAUGUUAUGGUUUGUUUGUCGAUAUCAAUGAUACUCUUUACUGUUCAAUGUUUGAGUAUCAUCAAGUAGUGAAAAGAUCAUUAAUUGAUGCUGUGAUGCCGUCAUAUCCUGUUGCUGCUGGAACAGGUAUUCGAGGAUCAGCCUCGAAUCAAUUCAGUGGCCCUUUUGGAAUCUGUGUUGAUGUGAAUUUGGAUUUAUAUGUGGCAGAUUGUGGAAAUAAUCGAGUUCAGUUGUUUCAGUCAGGAGAAUCAAAUGGUAUCACAGUAGCAGGAAAUGCAUCACGAAAUCCAACAACUACACUCCGUUGCCCAAGUGGAGUUGUCUUAGAUGCCGAGAAGUACUUAUACAUUGUGGAUCAAUUCAAUAGUCGUAUUAUUGGUUCAAGCUUUUAUGGUUUUCGAUGUUUAGUUGGGUGUUAUGAAGCGGGCUCACAAUCCAAUCAAUUGCGUAAUCCAUUUAGUUUUAGUUUCGAUCAUUCUGGAAACAUAUUUGUUACUGACCAUCGGAAUGAUCGAAUUCAAAAAUUUUUAUUGAUGAAAGAUUCUAUUGCUGUCUCAUUCAAUAAACCAAAGUUUUGCCCAACAGCCAAAUGGAAUCCCAAUGGAAUUACUUUUGCUGAUCGAUCGGUUAUUGGCGAAGAUCCUCGCGCCAUUUUUGUGAGCACAAACAAUACAAUCUAUGUCACUAAUCAAAAAGACACAACAGUUCUAAUAUGGUAUGAAGAGAGUGCCAAUCCAUCAAAGAUCAUUUCGGGUAAUUUUAUAGAAUCCUUGUCUAUCUUCGUGACAUCAAAUGGCGAUAUUUAUAUUGAUGAUGGUGAUAAGAAUGGUCGAGUACAGAAAUGGAGUGCAGAAACAAAUAACUUUAUCAUAGUGAUGCAUGUCAACGCAUCAUGUUGGGGUUUGUUUGUCGAUAUCAAUGAUACUCUUUAUUGUUCUAUGAGUUUCCAUAAUCAAGUACUGAAAAGAUCGUUGAAUGAUCCCAUGAUGACUUUAAAUCGUGUUGCUGUUGGAACAGGUAUUCGAGGAUCAGCCUCGAAUCAACUCUCACAUCCUUUUGGAAUCUUUGUCGAUGUGAAUUUGGAUUUAUAUGUGUCAGAUUGUCUAAAUGAUCGAGUUCAGUUGUUUCAGCUGGAAGAAUUAAAUGGAAUCACAGUGGCUGGAAUUACAUCACGAAAUCCAACAAUUGCACUUCGCUCUCCAACUGGAAUUAUAUUAGAUGCUGACAAGUCCUUAUUCAUUGUGGAUUCUUACAAUCAUCGUAUUGUUGGCUCGAGCGUGAAUGGUUUUCGGUGUUUAGUUGGAUGUGAUGGAGUGGGUUCACAAUCCAAUCAAUUGUAUCGUCCAUGUGGUUUGAGUUUUGAUCGUUCUGGAAAUAUGUUUGUUAUUGAUUCAGUAAAUGAUCGAAUUCAAAAAUUUGAAUAUUUCGAAGAAUCAUGUGGUAUGUUAAAAUUGAUUGAAUAA